CAGCACCCUCUCUCGAGACCACCCGCCAUGUCCUACUAUUCACGAUCUCCUCCUCCUCUUCAACACCCAGUCCCAACUCACCCAGCUUUCAUUCCAGAACCACCUUCGACCCCAGUCUCGCCGCAAGGCUAUCAACGUUUUGCUAGCUCACCCCCAAACCAGCAAUAUGCUGCACGUCCACAACAAUACAAUCCCCCUCCAUUCCAACCAGUCCCAAUUCCGAAUCCACAAACUCAGCACAUUCCCGACUUUGCUGCAUGGGGCAUGAACGAUACCACAGCUCAGUUCGGAAUGCACCUCGGUCAAACCGCUGUAGCUGCUGGUCAAGACUACGUACAAAAGAAUGUUCGUGCCAUCUCUUUUUACUCUUUCCUCGCUCACCAUGAACAGUUCGGCGGCAUGAUACCAGUCACCAUGCUUAAACACCAUUUUAACGUUUCGAAUUCCUAUGUGAUGCACAAACUCCAGCUCAUCAUUUUCCCUUGGCGGCAUAAACCCUGGACAAGAAAAGUACGUCGCACAGAGGCUGGUCACACAGAAUGGCAACCUCCUCGCGACGAUAUAAACAGUCCAGAUCUAUACAUACCACUCAUGGCACUGGUCACGUACAUCCUCGUAGCAGCACUUCAAACAGGCCUUCAAGAACGAUUCCACCCUUCAAUCCUCGGCGCAUCCGCAACCCGCGCACUCCUCGUAGUCUUACUCGACUUUCUCUUCGUCCAGUGCGGCUGUUACCUCCUCAAUGUCCAAGGUACGGGUCAGGUGGUCGACUUGAUCGCAUACGGCGGGUACAAGUUUGUCGGUGUGAUCCUCACCCUCUUCGCCGGCCUCCUCAACCUAGGUCCAACAGUAUACGCGCUCGUAUUCCUCUACGCGUUUGCUGCAAACGCACUAUUCAUCCUCCGCUCCCUCCGUUCAGUCGUCCUACCCGACUCGCCCGCCAACGUAGGGACUGUAAACCCCGCAUCUAGAAAACGACGCAUCACGUUCUUGUUUCUGGAAGCUGUGUUGCAAGUUUUGUACAUGGGGAUAUUGGUGAGGGUGUGAGUGUUUGGCGUGCUUUCGAUACUCGAAUUGUCGCGCUAUGAUCGUAGAAAUUGCUAUGCUUUGUUUGUGCGAGCGCUGAUGGUGAUGA